ACUUCUGGAUAUGGCGGCUUGUACGAGGUGGAGAAAAAUGGCCGCGAGGACGUGACUUGUGGGCGGGGCUUGUUGUACGACGGAUUUUACCUCUGAACUAAGACGGAACGAGUGACUGUUCCCAUAGCAACACGUAAUGUGGAACGUCACUUCGUCGGCUGCAUGACGUCACACGCCGGACGCCACUGAAAAUCCGCAGAGACCUCCUGAGAGGACGAGAGACGGCAAGAGACAUGCCUUAUAAUAAACCUAAGAAAGAGAAGGAGCCGGUGAAGGUCUCCGCAGGGAGAGGGUCCGUGAAGAACGGGAAAGAUGCCGGAGGGGCUGCAGCGGAGGAGGCUCAGCAGGGGGUGAACAAGCGCCCCAGCCCCAGCGCUCCGCCCACAACUCAGCUAAACAAGAUCCAGUAUGGCGGUGGAGGACAAGUGGUGAAGCGGGAGCGAAGGCAGAGUUCAUCCAGAUUCAGCCUCAGCAAGAACAGAGAACUGCACAAACUUCCACCUCUGAAAGAUUGCCCCCUGGGAGAGGAGCGGGAGACCCUGUUUGUCCAGAAGAUUCGACAGUGCUGCGUCCUCUUCGAUUUUGUUUCUGAUCCUCUCAGUGACCUGAAAUAUAAAGAGGUGAAGAGAGCGGCGCUCAGCGAGAUGGUGGAGUACAUCACUCACAGCCGCGAUGUGGUGACUGACUGCAUCUACCCCGAGGCCGUGCACAUGUUCUCAGUGAAUUUAUUCCGGCCACUUCCACCCUCUUCUAACCCCAGCGGAGCAGAGUUUGACCCGGAGGAGGAUGAGCCUACACUGGAGGCUGCAUGGCCCCAUCUGCAGCUGGUUUAUGAGUUUUUUCUCAGAUUUCUGGAGUCUCCCGACUUUCAGCCCAACGUGGCAAAGAAAUACAUGGAUCAGAAGUUUGUGCUGUCGCUCCUGGAUCUGUUUGACAGUGAAGAUCCUCGAGAACGAGAUUUUCUGAAGACCAUUCUACACCGGAUCUAUGGAAAGUUCCUGGGGCUGCGAGCGUACAUGAGGCGGCAUAUUAAUAACAUAUUUUACAGGUUUAUUUAUGAGACUGAACAUCACAAUGGAAUUGCUGAACUUCUGGAGAUCCUCGGCAGCAUUAUUAAUGGCUUCGCACUUCCUCUGAAAGAAGAGCACAAGAUGUUUCUGAUCCGAGUCCUGUUACCUCUGCACAAGGCCAAGUCUCUGAGCGUCUACCACCCCCAGCUGGCGUACUGCGUGGUCCAGUUCCUGGAGAAGGACAGUACCCUGACAGAACCGGUCAUCUCUGGACUUCUGCGUUUCUGGCCUCGUACUCACAGCCCUAAGGAGGUCAUGUUCUUGAAUGAGUUAGAAGAAAUUUUAGAUGUGAUGGAGCCUUCAGAAUUCACCAAAAUCAUGGAGCCUCUAUUCAGGCAGCUGGCACAGUGCGUGUCCAGCCCCCACUUCCAGGUAGCAGAGAGAGCGCUUUACUACUGGAAUAAUGAAUACAUCCUGAGCCUGAUGAGUGACAAUGCUGCCCAGAUUCUGCCCAUCAUGUUCCCAUCGCUGUACCGCAACUCCAAGAACCACUGGAAUAAGACUAUACAUGGACUGAUAUACAAC